AUGUGUGUGAGGCUUUUAGCUGGAAAGUCAAAUUGGAAUGUACCCGAAGAAUGUGCGGAGUACUACACGAAAAUGAUGAGGGAUUCGACUCCUAUACCAGAAAAUUUACCAUUAAGUUAUUAUGAAGCUAAGCAAUUGGUGAUGAAGUUGGGAUUGGAAGAAAAAAAGAUUGAUUGUUGUGUUAACGGGUGCAUGUUGUUUUACGACAAUGAAUUUGGUAAGAAUGAUGGUGCGUUGGAGGAGUGUAAAUUUUGCAAUUCACCAAGGUAUGGAGUGAGUGGCGAUGAUAUUGAUCAUAAGAAGAAACGACUCGCAGUCAAGUCAAUGUUUUACCUGCCAAUAAUACCAAGACUGAAGAGAUUGUUUGCAUCAAUGCACACGGCUGGUCAUAUGACGUGGCAUUAUUACAAUAAAACUGAUUCAGAGGUGAUGCGACAUCCUUGUGACGGCGUGGCGUGGCAGCAUUUUGAUAAGGUACAUCCUGAUUUUGCAAACGAUCCACGUAAUGUGAGACUUGGAUUAUGCUCUGAUGGAUUUACUUCGUAUAACACAGCCUCGGCUAGGCCUUAUUCUUGUUGGCCAAUAAUUGUUACCCCAUAUAAUCUUCCUCCUGAGAUGUGCAUGACAAAACCUUACAUGUUCUUGAGUUGUAUUGUACCAGGACCGUCGAACCCAACUGACGGUAUUGAUGUGUUUUUAGAACCCUUAGUUGAUGAUUUGAGAAGGUUGUGGGUUGGUGAAGUGACAUACGAUAUUGCAAAGAAGGAGAAUUUCACAUUGAGGGCAGCUUUAAUGUGGACUAUUAACAACUUUCCUGCAUAUGGCAUGUUGUCUGGAUGGUCGACUCAUGGUAGAUUAGCUUGUCCUCAUUGCAUGAAAGAUACAAAGGCAUUUUACUUGAAAAAUGGACGAAAGAAUUCGUGGUUUGACUGUCAUCGUUGCUUCACACCAGACGAUCAUGAAUUCCGGAGGAAGAGGAAUCGGUUUAGGAAAGACACAAUUGAAAAAGAUGGUCCACCUCCUAAGAUAACAUCAAAUGAAAUAUUUCGUAGAUUCAACGCUCUAUGGAGAUUUCCAGAUGUUGGCCAAAGAGUCAGAUACGAAGGAUACGGUGUAGAACACAAUUGGACCAAAAGAAGUAUUUUUUGGGAUCUCCCUUACUGGAAAGACAAUUUACUAAGACAUAAUCUGGAUGUUAUGCACAUUGAAAAGAAUUUUUGUGACAAUAUAGUUAACACAGUGAUGAAUGUCUCUGGUAAAACAAAAGAUAACGAGAAGGCUAGAAUGGAUUUGCCAGAGUAUUGUAAGAGACCAGAUAUUGAGUUAAAACUUCUUCCAAAUGGAAAAUAUCUGAAACCCAAGGCUGUUUAUAGCUUAACCAGUGCUGAAGCGAAAUCUGUUUGUCAGUGGUUAAAAGAAUUGAGGAUGCCAGAUGGAUAUUCUUCUAACUUGUCAAGGUGUGCCGACGUAGAAAAUGGAAGAUUGCGCGGGAUGAAAAGUCAUGAUAAUCAUGUUUUCUUGGAACGCUUACUUCCAAUUGCGUUUUCUUCAUUGCCUAACCAUGUUAUAAAUCUGUUGACUGAAAUUAGUCAAUUUUUCAGAGACUUGUGUGCUUCAACAUUGAGGAAGGAUGAACUUAUUAAAAUGGAUCAUAAUAUUCCUAUCAUUCUCUGUAAAUUGGAGCAAGUUUUUCCCCCAGGUUUCUUUGAUUCUAUGGAGCAUCUAGUGGUACAUCUUGCGUACGAAGCUUGGCUCGGUGGACCUGUUCAAUACAGGUGGAUGUAUCCUUUUGAAAGGUUCAUGGGCUAUUCAAAGCGAACGGUGAAGAACAAUUCAAGGGUUGAAGGAUCAAUAGUUGCAGCUUAUUGUGCUCGCGAAGCUUUGAAUUUUUGUUCUCAUUACUUCAAUCACUUGAUGUUGACACCAAUAAGUGUUAGAAAUGAAGUUAUUGCCGAAAAUGAAUGGAGUCCGUCAACCUUAUCAGUCUUUCGUCUUCUCGGUAGUCCUUCUGGGUCAGGGAAAGAGUACUGGAUGAACGAUGCAGAGUUGCAGUCGGCCGAAGUUCAUGUGUUGAUUAAUUGUCAUGAAGUUGGACCAUACCUUCAUUACUUUCAAGUGUUAAAUGUUGGGGAGAUAUACACUAGUUUUCUAAGAUGGUUUAAAGAUCAAGUGUUAAAUGCUGAGCCCAAUAUGCAUAUAUUACACUUGAGAGGAUUAGCUGAUGGUCCGCAUAGACGUGUAAAAAAAUGGCACACUUACUUUGUUAAUGGAUUUAAAUUUCAUACCGAAUCAUGGACGGUAGGAAAAAAAACAAUUAACAGUGGUGUUUACGUUAAAGGAGUCAGUGAAGGAGUCAUAUAUUAA